AUGGACGUGAACGAAGCAAUUUUCAUGAACGGAGGAGAAGUAGAAUCAAGCUAUGCUCAACACGCAUGGUUUGCGCAAAAAGUGAUUUCCAUAACCAAACCUAUACUGGUAAAUGCGGUUCAUUCUCUGUUCUCAGAAGAUUUGCACCGGAACAAAGUUCUCAACGUGGCCGAUCUCGGUUGCGCAGCCGGUCCGAACCCUUUCUCCGUCAUUUUAACCAUCAAAGAAAGCUUGGAGAGGAAAUGCAAGGAGUUAAAUUGCCAACCGCCGGAGCUUCAGGUUUACUUGAACGAUCUUCCCGGUAAUGAUUUCAAUUCGCUCUUCAAAGACUUGUCUAGAGUCGGUGAAGAUCAAAAGAGUGAUGUUCUUCUUCCAUGCUUUGUGAUGGGAGCUCCUGGUUCUUUCCAUGGCCGCCUCUUUCCUCGCAGCUGGUUGCAUCUUGUUCAUUCCUCCUACAGUGUCCACUGGCUCUCUCAGUCUCGUGCUGAAGAGACGGUUCAAAAUGGUCGUAUGGUCUUGAUACUUCAUGGUCGACAAGCCUCAGAUCCUUGGGGUAAGGAGAGCUGCUACCAUUGGGAAAUAUUAGCCGAGACCAUAUCUAAGAUGGUUUCACAGGCAAAUGUUUUAUCUUUGUCCCUCGAGGGCUUGGUUGAUGAAGAGAAGUUGGACUCCUUCAAUGUACCAUACUACACGCCAUUACAGGAGGAAGUGCAAGAUAUAGUUGACAAGGAAGGAUCAUUUGCAGUUCAACAUAUAGAGACAUUUACACUUGUUCUUGCAGACAACCAAGAGAGUGAUACAAGGGCUAAGGGAGAACAACUUGCCAAGAAUAUCAGGUGCUACACUGAAUCAAUCAUCUCUUACCAAUUUGGAAAGGAAAUAACGGAGAAACUGUAUCACAAGUUGACCCAAAUUGUAGUUAAGGACUUGGCCAGUAGAUCACCGACGAACACAACCGUUGUUGUUGUGCUAAGCAGGACCAUGGGAUAG